AUGGCAGCAGCAGGCGACGACAAGAGCACAGCCAAGACUUCUCCUGCUUCUCUCCAGCCCUCCCAGGGUCCUCAGAUCUCUCAGAUCUCUCAGGGGCAGGAAGUACAGACCUCCUCGGGGAUGCGAAUCCUCUCCUCCUACGACUUUGCUGGGCCUUCCCUUGGAUCCCUCAACGCCUCCUCCCUUGCGUUCGGAAUGAACAGGAUGUCAAUCGCAGGAGGUAGCUCCCUCUACGGAAGCACCGGAAGCCUGUACGAUGGGGAGAGGGCUCUCCUUGCCCUCGAUGGCAAGGGCCUCGAAGUCAUGGACAGCUGCAUUGCCGCAGUGAGGAGGGAGCAUCUGACAGCUCGUCAAGAGCUGGACUUCAGCAGGGAGAAGAUCAGGGCACAAGAGGAGCUAAUCAUGAAGUUGCAAAACGACCUCCGUCAAGUUGCCCCGAUCAAGCAGGAGAUGCAAGGGCUUCAGUCACAAUGCCAGUUCAUGCAAGAGCAGAACCAGCAGCUGCUGUCCACGAAGGCCGAGCUGCUUGCCGAGCUGGCUCAGACCAGGCAGCAGUACGAGGAGAUGAUGAGGCGCUCAGAGGCCAUUGCGAUCGAGAACGACGCGCACCGCCAGGAGAGGGAGAUGUGGAUGAAGAGUAUCAAUCAGAUGUCAAACGACAAGUCGAGCAUCGAGAACGAGCUGAUGAGGUUGAAGGCUGUCGCCUCCCAGUCCGAGAUGCAGUUCAGGUCCUUCGGCGGGCAGAUGGAAGUGCUCGACUCGCAGAUCGCUACUUUCAGGCAGCGUCUGGCGGCUGAGGAGCAGGCCAAGGCUCAGCUGAUGGGGGAGAACGAUCAAUUGAAGAUGAAGUGCUACAACCUCGAGGCCGAGCUCGAGAGGAUGCGUGUCCAGUUUCAGACUCAGCAGUCUCUCCCUCCCCAGCAGACCUUCACCUCGUUCCAGUCACUUCCUCCCCAGCAGACUUUCACCUCCGUGCAGUCCCUCCCCAUGCAGUCGUUCAGCGCUCCGAUGCCAGCCGUGUCUUCCAUGUCGUUUGCCACCUUUUCGGGCCAGGGAGUUGGGGUUGGUAUCAAGCUCAAGCAGGGUGACAGCAGCGAAGGGGUUACGAUCCAGUCUCUCGUUCCCGGCGGCCCAGCGGCAGAGAGUGGCAAGGUGAAGGAAGGGGACCGCAUCCUCAAAAUUGACGAUCAGGACGUCUCGAGCCUGAACAUUGAACAAGUGUUCAACCUUGUCAAGGGAAGUGAGGGAACCAGCAUCAACCUUGUGUUGGGACGCAAUGCGGGUGGGCAGCAGGAAACGAUCCAGGUUAACCUCACCAGAAGAACCCCCCUCAGCCAACCAACCAUCACCUACCCCGGUAUGCAGCAGGGAAUGGGCUUUGGUUUGCCGAUGGUGGGCAGCAUGGUUGGCCUUCCUCCUGGCAUCAACAGUGUCCAGUGA